AUCCUGAAACGGACUACACACAAUCCUAAAUCUUAAUGCCCAAGCUUUGAACUAGUUGACUUUGAAAUUCAAGAAGAGACAACAAGGUUGGUUCUCUCUCUCACAAUCUCAAAGCUAUUUUUUCUCUAAAGCCCAAUCCUCAGAUUCAUCUCCUUUUGUUGUUGUUUUCCGGGUCUCUAAAGUCAACGUAGUUGAAGAAUUUGAUCGUUGUUGAUUCAAGAAGAUGGGGACAACACUGGGGAAGCCAUUUGCUGGUAUAUUCCAAGAAACCGAACCGAGAAUAGUGUUUUUCGGCCUCCCCGGUACUGGAAAAUCAUCUAUACUCCACAAACUCAAAACCGGUGAAGUGCUUUCCACAAACAUCCCCACCGUUGGAUUAGACAUGGAAAGCUUUAAAUACAAGAACUCGAGCUUCUGUUUCGUUGAAAUGGGCGGGCAAUAUCGGUAUAAGAUGAUACCGUUAUGGAAACAUUACUUUCAACAAGUAUCAGGGUUUGUGUACGUGGUCGAUACCAAAGACAGAGAGCGAAUGGAAGAGGCAAAGAGUUUCCUUCACAUGGUGAUGGAUGAGAUACAGGGGAAUGUACCGGACAAUGUUGCUGUUCUUGUUUAUGCAAACAAGCAUGAGGUUCCCGGUGCUAUGACUGCAUAUGAGAUCAGUAACGAACUUGAUCUCGCUUCUCUUCGUCAAAAAAACUGGCAAAGAAACUGGCAUGUUCAGAGCUCAUGUGCACUAAGUGGUGACGGUUUACAUGAAGGACUCGACUGGCUCCUGAAAAAUGCUGAGAGAAUGUAACAAAGUUCUGAUAUUAUUUAACGAAUCUUCUGUUUCAAGUUAUUAAGCUCUUCGCGCUUAUAAUAUUUCUAUGUUUCUUAGACAUAACUGAAGCACAUAACUAACAGCAUAACAAAGAUGCCUUCAUAAAAUUCUACAAAGAUUUGAGAGUUUCUCUUUAGAAAAAAUAGACAGACACUUUUUACUUGGUUUCUUGAACUGGAACAGAGCUUUUAUUGUCGACCGAAUCUGAAGUAUUUUCCUCGGACA